GUUAGACAUGUUGAAGUAAAAUGCGGUAUUUUUAUUUAACGAUACUGAUAUUGUAUAUUAAUUUUAUUCACGCAACUAUUUUUUCUAAUUUCAGAGAUAACAUUCUAUCGAUUUUCGAUGAGGAACGACGUGAUGUCAAUGGUGAAAAUAGGCAUAAUUUUAAGGGUUCAGGGAGUAUUUUCCAAAAUAUAAGGCAGCAAAAUGCUAUAGACAAAAAGACAGCUCAGGAUAAAGCGAAAGUUUUGCAAAACGCUAAAAUGCACGAGGUAGACAUGAAAACAGCACGCACUUUACUUCGUUCCAAGCAGUUCGAAAUCAAGGACAAAAGGGCUGGAAAAGAAUAUUACCAAAUGGAUCCAGUAUUGAAUGAAAUAAGAAAAGUAUUUGGAGCUAAGCCUGCACGACGCCAAUCGUCGAAGAGAAAAAAUAGAAACAACUAUGAUGAAAGUUCAUCCAGUAGCAGUUCUGAUGACAUGUCAUUCUGGAAGCAGGACUUUAAUGAAUUUAUGAUGGAAAAGAAAUUUGAAGCGCUCAAUGCGACCUUAUCAAGGGGAGACGUGGUGAACAUGGUAGCAGCAAGACCAUGGGGAGUUCCUUGCGGAGAUCCUGAUCAACACGACACACCGUGGGGCUCCUGCAUGUUACCUGGUGAAUGUGAAUCAGAAUACAGAAUAUAUCGCGGUGAUUACAUCUGUGGUCGAACCACCUUCGUUUGCUGUUCUUUGCAAUACACAAAUUACGACAUGUACCAAGGACUGGAAGCUACCUUCGAAGGCAGCAGCUUCUCAACAGAUUCAUCAGAAAAGAAGAACAUACCGCCUAAGCACAAGAAACGCAAGCGCGAGAGAAAGAAGCGGAAGAGAGAGAGAGAUAUGAGAAAACGGAAGAUUAAGCGAAACAUUAAAAAAAUAGUGCAAGAAAUUAAAUCGAUAUUACAUAGAGCUUAUUCAAAUGGAACUACGAUGCGAAAGAAGAAGACAAAGGAAUUAAAGAAGUUCAUUGAGAACAUGAAGAAGCAAUACAAAAAAGACCGACAAUCCGUUUUGCAUGUACAUGAGUUUGAUAUGACGCAAAUUGACGAGAGGUUGCAGAAAAGGUUGGAGCAAGUCAAAGGCGUUAAUGAAAAAUUCUUUUCCAACGAUACUUUUAGAGAUAUAUUGAUUAACGGUACAACUAAGGAAAAGUUGAAGAAGUUUUUACGGACACAUCCGAAGUUGAGGAAGAUUUUAACCCAAAGACGUCAGGACGGUGGCUUAUUGGAACCAGUGAUUGAAGACACGAGGUCUGAUGAUCUUCAAUAUGACAUAGAAUACGGUUUUCUUUAUUAUUGAAUAAAUGUUU